AUGUCCCUAUGCCCGAAAAAGGUGGAUAAUCCGGAUUCUACUGUAUUAGUAUCGUGCGGGAAUCGGGUGUCACAGGAGGCGGACUCCUUGAGUGUGAAGGUGGGCCGCGACAGCCAGGAGAAGAAGGAGAAGAAUUCGAACGAAUCCAACCGCAUCAAGUCGACCAAAUACACGCUGCUCACCUUCCUGCCCAUGAACCUUUUCGAGCAGUUCCGGCGAGUGGCGAAUAUGUACUUUCUCAUCAUGACGGUUAUAUCGAUAGUGAUAGAUAGUCCCGUGUCUCCGCUGACCUCACUGGUGCCGCUGGUGUUUGUGAUAGCGGUGACGGCGGCGAAGCAGGGGUACGAAAACUUCCUCCGGUAUCGGGCGGACAAUAUGGUGAACUUUUCGCCGGUGACGGUGAUCCGUAGCGGGGUGGCGGAGGACAUCCGGUGCCAGGACAUCAAGCGGGGUGACAUCGUGAUGAUGACGCGCGACUGCGACAUUCCGUGCGAUGUGGUGCUACUGCAGAGCUCGGACGAGAACGACCGGUGCUACGUGACGACGGCGAACCUGGACGGCGAGACCAACCUGAAGACGAUGAGCGUGCCGAAGGGUGUGCCGAAGGUGCCGAUGGAGCGGCUGCAUACGAUCGGGCGCAUCGAGUACGAGCUGCCGCACACCAACCUGUACAGCUUCAAGGGGCGAAUCGAGCUGGCCGACUGUCAUCUGGCGGCCGGCGAACACAGCCUGCUGCCGCUGAUGACGGAGAACCUGCUGUUGCGCGGGUCGCGCAUCAAGAACACCGAGUGGGCGAUCGGGUGCGCGGUGUACACCGGCCAGCAGACCAAGCUGGCACUCAACAGCAAGAUGACGACGAACAAGAUGAGCUCGAGCGAGCGGUACAUCAACAAGUACCUGGUGUUUUUCCUCGUGCUGCUGGUGGCCAUCGUCACCGUGAGCUACUUCCUGAAGCGCUACAACGACCGCUACCGGCAGGAGCACAACGCCUACCUGGGCGAGAUACUGUCCAACUACCGCGUGUCGCAGUUCCUGCAGGACUACUUUUCCUUUCUCAUCCUGUUCAACUACCUCAUCCCGAUCUCGCUGUACGUGACGAUCGAGAUGGCCAAGUUCCUCGGCGGCUUCUACCUCGAGUGGGACCUGGAGAUGUACGACGAGGAGACGGACCAGCAGUGCAUCGUCAACACGUCCGACAUCAACGAGGAGCUCGGCCAGGUGUCGCUGCUGUUCUCCGACAAAACCGGCACGCUCACGAAGAACGUGAUGAUCUUCCAGCAGUGCUCGAUUAACGGGCGCCAGUACGAGCAGAAGGGACGCCGCCUGCAGGAGAGCGGCCGCCGGUACGCGCUCAAAAUCAACGAGCUCUCCAAGCACGUGUACAACUUCUUCCAAGCACUAGCUGUUUGCCACACGGUGCAGGUGGCCGGCGAUUACACCAAAGAGGCAGACGAGCUGCUGCCGCCAGCCACUCCACUGCAGUCGAACAUGGACGAUCGCCUACCGAUGGAAACCAUGAGCAUAUCCGAGGAAGAGAUAGUACAACCACCUCAGGAUGGCUCGCUCCAUCGAACGGGCGAGUUGAAUGACGAGUGCGAUCGCAUACCGACGACACCCGUACGGCGUCAUCCUGUGUCGUUGUUCGAGGGCAAGAAUCGUAUCGUUCCGGUCGAGCACAUCGAUCCGCUCGCAUCGGACACGGAAGUACGAAGGCCCCUGCGACCGAUCAGCCUGGUUGAGCCGGGCAGCGUCGAGACCUCCUUCACACUGGAGCACGCUGGCGGUGGCGGCGGUGGCGGUGGUAGCAACGGGAACCUUGCUAUACCACCGCAGCUCGAGCUGAAGCGAACCACCUCGGCGUACGAGGAGAAACCGGCGCCACCCGGCGGGCAGGAUCUGAAGAAGAUCGGACAUCGGCGCACCCAGUCGCACAUCCCGCCCGGCAUGGGCCGCCCCGCCAGCUACCUGAUGGCCGUGAACGGACCGAUGGCGGGCCGGCCGGUAGUCACCCUGCGCCGCAACCGAGGCUCCUACGUGUCACGCUCGGUGCGCGAAUCGUACGCCGCACCGGCCUACAACGAAGCCUCCGUCAUCCAACGCCAAGAGUCUCAGGUGAAGCGGCAGGAGAUCGACAACUUCAUCCAGAAAAUGGACUACCAAGCGUCGAGCCCGGACGAGAAGGCGUUGGUCGAAGCGUGCGCACGGAUGGGGCUCGUCUACGUCGGGGAAGACGGCGACCGGAUGAACAUUAAGCUGCGCGCGUCGUGCGUGAAGGCGGACGUGCGCUCGCGGAUCGGUGAAAUCCCCGUGGAGGAGCUGGUGCAGUACGAGCGGUUGGCGGUGCUGGAGUUCAGCUCCGACCGCAAGCGCAUGAGCAUCAUCGUGCGUGACUCCGGCGGUCAGAUCUGGCUGUACACGAAGGGCGCCGAGAGCCACGUGCUGCCGCUGUGCGCCCCCUCGCCGUUGAUCGAAACCACCCAGCGGCAUAUCAACGAGUUCGCGAAGCUUGGCCUCCGAACGCUGGCGAUCGCGCGGCGCCGGCUGACCGUGCAGGAGUUCCACGCGUUCAACGACGAGCUGAUCGAGGCGAGCAGCUCGCUGACGGACCGGACGGCCAAGAUCGAGGAGUGCCAGCGCAAGAUCGAGACGCAGCUGGAGCUGCUCGGCGCGACGGCGGUCGAGGACGCGCUGCAGGACAACGUGCGCGACACGCUGCAGUCGCUGGGCAAGGCGGGCAUCAAGAUCUGGGUGCUGACAGGGGACAAGGUCGAGACGGCGCUCAACAUCGCGCUCAGCUGCGGCCACAUCCCGGACGGGGCGGCGCGCUACUUCAUCACCGACUGCACCACGGUGGAGCAGGUCCAGCAGCACCUCGACACGCUCUCGCUGGAGAUGUUCCGGCAGCGCGGGACCACCUUCGCGCUGCUCAUCGACGGCGGCAGCCUCACGAUCGCGCUCGAGUCGCUCAAGGAGCAGUUCCGCGACGUCAGCAUCCGGUGCCACGCGGUCCUCUGCUGCCGACUCAGCCCGCUGCAGAAGUGCGAGGUGGUGCAGCUGAUGAAGACGGUCGACACCGCGCCGGUGACGGCGGCCAUCGGCGACGGCGCCAACGACGUCUCGAUGAUACAGGAGGCGCACGUCGGUCUGGGGAUUGUGGGGCGCGAGGGACGCCAAGCCGCCCGCUGCGCCGACUACGCGUUCGCCAAGUUCUGCAUGCUCAAGAAGCUGCUGCUCGUGCACGGCCACUUCUUCAGCACACGCCUCGCCGUGCUGGUGCUGUACUUCUUCUAUAAAAAUCUGGUCUUCAUGGGCGUGCAGCUGUACUUCCAGAUCCACAGCAUGUUCUCCAACCAGUCCGUGUACGACUCGGUCUUUCUCACGCUGUACAACGUCGUCUACACGGCCGUGCCGGUGCUGGUGCUCGCCCUCACCGAGAAACCGUACCAGGAGCAAACGCUUAUGAAAAACCCGCAGCUGUACCAGAGCGUCGCCGGGAACAAGCAGUACGCGUGGAAGUACUUCAUCGGCUGGAUGAUACUGGGCAUCUACCACUUCUCGGUGAUCUACUUCUUCACGUACGCCGUGUGGACCAUCAACCCGGCCGUCUACUCGUACUGGCCGUCGACGGUCAGCUUCGCCUGCUACGGCACCAUCCUGAUCCACAACGUGGUGGUGCUCGUCAACCUGAAGCUGCUGCUCGAGGCGAUCUACAAGUCGUACAUCUUCAUCGCCACGGUGCUGCUGUCGAUUUUCGCCUUCAUGGGCUCGACCUUCGUCUACAACCUGCUACACAUCAACUACGACGGCUCGAUGCUGCAAGUGUACAACAACCUCCUCUCGUCGAUGUCGUUCUGGCUGCUCAGCAUUGUGAUACUGAUAGCAGGCUUCCUGCCGGACAUGACACUGCUCGCGAUCCGGGCCAUCGGCGUGAAGCUCGGGCACAUCUUCCCCGGCGGGGCCAAGUAUCGGCGCGCGCUGUUCCAGUGGCGCGACGACCGCCUCCAGAGCACGGACCUGUAG